AUGCUUUUUAAACUUCACUUUUUCGUCAUAUUUUCAAUUACCUUGGUCCUUUCGAGUAUCACUUAUUCACAUCCGACUCCGGAAAUUCUUGAUAAAAGACAGCGUGCUCCACAACCAUUCAAUGGUGAUCAAGUCGCCCAGUAUUCUCUUCCAUCAGAAGUAAACACAUCAGAAGCAAAAUCAGAAUGA